AUGGCUCCUUGGUAUCCGAAGUCCCCGACUUCGCAAUCCGUCUACCACGACUACCCAGAUGUGCAAUCCCGGUCCUGGCACUUCGACCUCUCCGCGGUGCGCUCGACCCUCGGUGGAGUUACUCCACCACCAUCACCCAUCCCCGAACGUCCCCGCCUGAACCACCCCCCAAUGCAACAGAACAAGAUCAGAAAGUACUCCGUCCGCAGGUAUCGCGAGGUCAUCCCGGGUGUGCUCGAAGACGGCACGAUCACAGCGCGCCACCCCUUUGUGGCGGAGUACCUGCGCGCGCUCACCUCCCGUGCCCUCUGCUCCCGCCUGCAGGCGAAGCGGUCACAGGGCUCGAGCGUGCCGCCUGCACGCCUCGCGGACGUCGGCCCGUUGCUCGGGCUCGAUCUCGAUGACCGGCAGAGCCGAGUCAUCUUCGCGCUCGCAGCGCUCGCGAUCCUGUACCAUCCGCGGCAGCGCAUCCACGAAUGCUUCUGGGGACGGCGCACGCGUGCGUAUACCGACAGGAUCAUUUGCUCCGUCCGUUACAUCCCGCGGCCGCUGAUUUACGAUCCUGAGAUGUACCUCGGCCUGCACUCGCAUCUCUACAUGCUGAAUUGCAUGGCCCUGACCUGCCACCAAAGCAGCCAGCACGCCACGGUCGCGGAGAUGGAGCCCAGGACACUGCGGAAGCGACACGCAUCAGCUCGUAUCUCGGCCAACGGUGUACUGAAGGCGAACCCAGCAGAAGGCCAUGAACAUGAGUUGAUGCACGUCGAGCCGUACGACAAACGGAUCACCUCGGGUAAGGAGGAGCGCAUGCAGACGCGCAGUCGCGCCCGUGCGCGCACCACUGUCUCUCCGACGCCCGCCCGCGCGCCGUCGCCCAACAUCCCGUCGACCCCAGCGCCCGAUACGCCUGCAGCUCCCGCUCGGGCGUCCAUCCUCAAGUGGAAGCAAGAUGCGGAAGACAUGGUGGUCGACCACCCGGGCUCAGUCACACACGAGUCCAACCGACUCGUCCACCCCAGGCUUGCCCCAUCCGCAUCUCAAGCGCCUCGUCGAUCUACACGGCAGGCGGCGCGUCGCGUCGUCUCCAACCCCGCCACUGCGACCGCCGUUGCAGACGCCACCGCGAAGAAGCCACCGCGAGCGCGCUCAGCCUCAGCGGACUCGGACUCAGGCUCGUCGUCGUCCUCAACAACGGUGUGCCUGAGCGGGAGCGAGGCGACCGUCGUCGACGUCGUCAUUCCCAGUGGCAAGAGUAACAAGAUGACUGAGGAGGAUGACGCCGAGGACGUGCCUGUCACCGUACAGCCCAGGAGGCAGACUGCGAAGAGGGCGAGAGGGAAAGAGCAGGAACGCGAGCCAACGCGCACGAAGCGGAAGCGCAGGUCUCCCGCAGAUGAAUGCGACGCGGAAAAGACUGCGCCGACACCGAGAAAACGUGCAUGCAAGGCAGGCUCGAAGCCUCCCAUACUCGGGGCCGCAGCGCCAAAGACGAAGCUGGGUGUGCAACCGCGGUUAUGA